AUGAGGGCACUUCAUCGGGCAACCGGCGAAGCAGACGAUCAGGCUCUGAUGCAGCUAGUUCUGCUCGAGCAUCCAGAGCUGGGACAGGUAGAUGUUGCUGGACGAGUCUUCCUCACGCUGCACGGCCACAAGCUGUACCAUUUGGAGCGGACUCUCUGCAGUGACCGCUACUGGGCCCGGCGCGGGCGCCGCACAGCAGCCAGCUUGGCCUCGCACCGACGCUUCAACAACCUCAGCCCACCGCGCGUUCGGCGGUCGCCACCGAUGGAGCCUCCGGUGGUGCUGCACUUCAACGGAAAUGGUAAGCGCUUACUUCGCGGAUGUUUCGCCGCGUUUCGCAAGCGCCUGCUGGUGAACGGGCCUCGUGCUUC